AUGAAUAUUACAGUGGAUAGCCCAUGCUGCUUCAUUUCCAAUAAGAUUGGGCUUCACCAUGAAAUUCACAAACCAACUGUGGUGUCAGAAUUAUUUCUCCUGGGAUUCACGAAUGACACAGAACUCCAGCCUCUCAUCUUCAGCCUCUUCCUGUCCAUCUAUCUGAUCACCAUCCUGGGCAAUCUGCUCAUCAUCCUGGCCAUCAGCUCUGAUCCCCACCUCCACACCACCAUGUACUUCCUUUCCAACCUCUCCUUCAAUGACAUCUGUCUGAGCACAACCAGGGCACCUAAGAUGCUGGUGAACACCCACACCCAGGACCAGGGAAUCUUGUAUGCAGGCUUCCUGGCCCAAACCACUUUGACUUUCUGUGGCUUAGAAAGUUGUCUCCUUGAAGUAAUGGCCUAUGACCACUAUGUGGCCAUCUGUCAUCCUCUGAGGUACACGAACAUCAUGCACCCUGGCCUCUAUGUCCUGCUGGUCCUCUGUUCUCUCCUCAUGAGUGCAGAGCAUGUCCUGCUCCACAGUCUGAUGGUAUUGCACCUGUCCUUCUGCCGGUAUGUGGAGGUCCUUUACUUCUUCUGUGAGCUUUCCCAGGUCAUCAAGCUGGCCUGUUCAGACAUCCUUGUCAAUAACAACCUCAUCUAUUUAGUGGGGGUCACAGUUGUUUGUGUACCCCUCUCUAGGACCAUAUUCUUUUACAUCCAAAUUGUGUCAUCUAUUUUGAGGAUCUCCUCAGCAGGAGGAAGAUCUAAAGCUUUCUCCACCUGUGGUUCUCGCCUGUUGGUUGUGUCCUUGUUCUAUGGGACAGGGUUUGGGGUGUAUCUGAGUUCUGCAGUGAUUGAUGCUUCCAUCAAAAACAUGGUGCCUUCCAUGUUAUACAUUGUAGUCCCUCCACUGAUGAACCCCCUUAUCUACAGCUUGAGGAAUGGGGAGGUGAAGGCAGCCCUGAGGACUCUCAUUAUAGUGGCACCUCUUUUGUGGCAUUGUCCUUGGUUUGAUGACCUGAGAUCCUAG